CCCUCUCUACGAACUCAGGACGCUCUUCUUUGGCCACCAGAAAGAGUGAGUGAAGACUUGGCUAAUCGCCGACGACAUACGUUGAAGAGCUCCAGACUGGCACACUUGCACAUAUAAAAAGUGGACCCAACCGAAUUUUGCUUGUCAGUUAAUGCCCAUCAAUCGAAUCAAUCCCAGCACAGCCAUGAGAAGCGCGUCGCUUAAGUUCUAUCUGAUAUGUCUGCUAGUUAUCUGCGUGAUCGGUUGGAGUGCUGGAGCACCGAGUCCGCAACUUUCACGUAAGGAACUCGAGGAUCGAUAUCGACAAAAGCCCCCGGUGCCUGAUGAGCGAGAUGCGGAUGCAGAAUUGGAUAGUGCCUACGAUCGGAAUACCCGAAGACCUUGAAGUGCAAAUCUGAAAGGCUGGAGACACCCAACGCCCACAAUUGAUUUGUGGUUCUGUGUGGAGUGCCACUUUUUAUGUCGUAUUCAGGGUUAUGGCUAUGUAGUUCUAAGCUUAGGCAAAAUGUACAAGCGUAAAAUAAAGCAAUUACUUGGGUG